AUGGCCGCCGUCGAGGCAGGGGCGCGGGCUACGUUCGGAGCCUGGGACUACGGGGUCUUCGCUCUCAUGCUGCUGGUGUCCACCGGCAUCGGGCUAUGGGUCGGGCUAGCCCGGGGCGGGCAGCGCAGCGCCGAGGAUUUCUUCACCGGGGGCCGGCGCCUGACUGCCCUGCCCGUUGGCCUCUCGCUGGCCGCCAGCUUCAUGUCGGCGGUACAGGUGCUGGGCGUGCCGGCCGAGGCCUACCGCUACGGCCUUAAGUUCCUCUGGAUGUGCCUGGGACAGCUGCUCAACUCUCUGCUCACUGCCCUGCUCUUCCUGCCGGUCUUCUACCGCCUGGGCCUCACCAGCACCUACCAGUAUCUGGAGCUGCGCUUCAGCCGCGCUGUGCGGCUCUGCGGGACCCUGCAGUACCUGGUGGCUACAAUGCUGUACACCGGCAUCGUGAUCUACGCCCCCGCGCUCAUCCUGAACCAAGUGACAGGGCUGGACAUCUGGGCAUCGCUCCUGUCUACCGGAGUCAUCUGCACCUUCUACACUACUGUGGGCGGCAUGAAGGCUGUGAUCUGGACCGACGUGUUUCAGGUCUUAGUGAUGCUGAGUGGUUUCUGGGUUGUCCUGGCUCGCGGAACUAUGCUCGUGGGUGGACCUGGGCAAGUACUUGAGCUUGCCAAGAAUCACUCCAGGAUCAACCUGAUGGACUUUGACCUGGACCCAAGGAGCCGCUACACAUUCUGGACUUUUGUUGUCGGUGGCACAUUGGUAUGGCUUUCAAUGUAUGGUGUGAACCAAGCACAGGUGCAGCGCUACAUGGCCUGUCGCACGGAGAAACAGGCCAAGCUGGCCGUGCUCAUCAACCAACUGGGCCUGUUCCUGAUCGUGUCCAGUGCUGCUGCCUGUGGUAUCAUCAUGUUCACAUUCUACCUUGACUGUGACCCUCUCCUGGCAGGGCGUAUCUCUGCCCCAGACCAGUACAUGCCCUUGAUGGUGCUGGACAUCUUCGUGGACCUGCCUGGAGUCCCUGGGCUUUUUCUGGCCUGUGCCUACAGUGGCACCCUCAGCACUGCAUCCACCAGCAUCAAUGCCAUGGCUGCUGUCACUGUGGAGGACCUCAUCAAACCUCGGCUGCCGAGUCUGACCCCCCGGAGACUUGUCAUUAUCUCCAAGGGGCUGUCGCUCAUCUACGGCUCGGCCUGUCUCACUGUGGCAGCUCUGUCCUCCCUGCUGGGGGGCGGCGUUCUCGAGGGCUCCUUCACCAUCAUGGGAGUCAUCAGCGGCCCCCUCCUAGGAGCCUUCAUCCUGGGAAUGUUCAUCCCCGCCUGCAAUACGCUGGGCGUCCUGUCCGGGCUGGCGGUGGGCUUGGCGCUGUCGCUGUGGGUGGCCGUGGGUGCCACUCUUUACCCGCCUAGCGCACAGUCCAUGGGGGUCCUGCCUUCAUCGGCCGCCGGCUGUGCUGUGCCCUCGGCCAACGCCUCUGGCCUCCUAGACCAGCUUCUCCCCACCAACGCCUCCAGCAGGGCCUCCAGCCUCGAAAUGGACCCUGAUCAACGCACCUUAGCUGACAGCUUCUACGCCAUUUCCUAUCUCUAUUAUGGUGCCCUGGGCACACUGAGCACCGUGCUAUGUGGAGCUCUUGUCAGCUGCCUGACGGGCCCCACCAAGCGCAGUGCCCUGGGUCCUGGUCUGCUGUGGUGGGACCUCACACGGCAGACGGCAUCUGUGGCCCCUAAGGAAGAAGUGGCCACCCUGGAUGACAGCUUGAUGAAGGGUGCUGAAGAAUUGCCCCCAGGAGCCAAGAGGCCUCCUGACUUCCUGCCCACUGACGAGGACCAUCUGCCCUUCCUGGAUCAGAAGGAGAUGAAUGGAGCUGGCUCCAGGAUCCCAGACAGUGAACAUGACAAAGGUCUUGACCUGCAAGAGACAGACCUCUGA